AUGGGAAUAACAAAACAAUACCUUCGGUAUGUUCCUUGUGGAGUUUUUAAUAUUAUUACCAGCCAAAAUUGCAAUAUUAAUUUUGUAACACUGCAAAGUGAAGAAGGAAGAUUUGUUGCUGUUGGCGCUUGUGAACAUGUCUACAUUUGGGACUUGAGAUUGGGAGAAAAGGUUGUUGUGUUACCCGGUGAAAAAUCCCGUGUCAGUUGUCUGUGUUUCAUCCCAAACAAAAAAUGUAUAGCUGUUGGAUAUGCUGACGGAAAUAUACACGUUUAUAAUAUAGAAAAUACUGAAAUUGUUUGCAUUUUUUCGGGACAUCGAUCAGAAAUAACUGCCUUGGCAUAUGAUGGAAUUGGACAUAAACUGGCAUCAGGUUCUAAGGAUACAGAUGUAAUUGUUUGGGACACAAUUACUGAAUCAGGCAUUUGCCGAUUAAGUGGACAUAAAGGGUCAAUUACACAAUUUGCAUUUAUGACUAAUUAUCCAAUAUUAAUCACAGCAUCUAAAGACACUUUUGUAAAGUUUUGGGAUUUAGAGACCCAACAUUGUUUUAAAACACUGAUUGGACACCAUACAGAAGUAUGGUCUUUACUAUUAAUGAAAAAUGAUACUUACUUAGUAACAGCUUGCAGUGAUGCCGAAUUACGGAUUUGGAAACUGACUGAAAGGGAUCCUGACUUUAAGAAUAAGAACUCCCUUGAACACUUGUCAAAUAUGCUGGAAAUUGCAAAUUUGGAAACAGAUGAUGAUUUAACACACCCGAUUCAAUGUCAUAAAGUGGGUUCACUCUUAAGAUCUGGAAGGGGACGUGUAGUAUCCAUGUAUAGUGACCCUUCGGGACAUAUUUUGGGUUGCCAUGGUACAGAUUCUCAAAUUGAACUGUUCUUGUUUUGCACUGAUGAAGAAGCACAAUUAAGAUUAAAAAAACGAUUGAAAAAACAGAGAAAGAAAGAAAAAAAGGAUACUGAUAUGGAAACCGAUGAAAAUGAAGUAAAUACAGAGAAUGUUGAACUUAGUUUAAAAGAUGAAGUUCAAAGGCUGCCAACAUUGAAACUUUCUAGUAAACUAAAAUCGUUCAGUUUAAUAUUAGGGCGUGCAGAAAUUCUUAGAAUUGUUUCUUCUCUGGCCGAUAAUUCGUUACAUUUACACAGUUUAAAUAUUAAAGAGAAAAAUUCUGAAUUUAAAUGUCUUCGAACUAUAGUCAACCAAGGACAUAGAAGUGAUGUAAGGGCAGUUGCCUUUAGUAGUGACAAUUUGGGAAUUGUUUCUGGAAGUGGUGAAACUGUAAAGUUAUGGAAUAGGCCUUCCCAAGUUUGUUUGAGAACCAUUCAAACGGGAUAUGUAUUGUCAGUCUUGUUUGUCCCAGGAGAUCGACAUGUUCUUGUAGGACUUAAAACUGGUAAAUUGCUAAUAACAGACAUUGCAAGUGGAGAUAUACUUGAAGAAAUACCUGCUCAUACAAAAGAAUUAUGGUCUAUUUGUUUACAACCUGAUAUGAGGGGCUGUGUGACUGGGGCAGACCAUACGGUUAAGUUUUGGAAUUUUGAAUUAAUAAUAGAUGAAAAUAGUGAAACUAAGGCAAAGGUUUUGUCACUUGUACAUACUCGUACUUUGCAGUUAGAAGAUGUUGUUUUGUGUGUAAAGAUAUCCCCAAAUGGUAAAUUUAUUGCAGUUGCACUUCUCGAUUCGACCGUAAAAAUAUUUUUUAUUGACACUUUUAAGUUCUAUUUGUCUUUGUACGGUCAUAAGUUACCUGUUCUGUGCAUGGAUAUAAGUUCAGAUUCUACUUUAAUUGUGACGGGAUCGGCAGAUCGUAGUGUAAAAAUAUGGGGAAUGGACUUUGGAGACUGCCACAAAAGUUUGCUCGCCCACGAGGAUUCCGUAACCGGGUUGCAGUUUGUACACAAGACCCACUACUUCUUCACCUGCGGAAAAGAUGGCAAAGUCAAGCAAUGGGACGGCGACAGUUUUAAUAAAAUAAUAACAUUACAUGGACACAAUGGUGAAGCCUGGAGUUUAGCAGUGAGCCCUAGUGGACAAUAUUUAGUGUCUUCGGGUUCCGAUAAGACUUUGAGAAUGUAUGAAAAGUCAGAUCAAAUGCUUGUUCUACAGGAUGAAGAAGAGGAAGAAAGGGAGGAGCAAGAACAAUUAGCAACAGGAGAUGAAACUACCGUUCCAGGUAUAAAGGGAGUUAGCUUACCAUCCAAAAAGACACUUAGCAGUGAAAGGGGCGCUGAAAGUAUCCUAGAAUGUUUAGAAGUUAGUAGACAAUAUGAUCAGCAAGUAUCACAAGAAAAAGUCAUCAAGACUGUGCCCCCACUCAUGCAGGCGUUUAAUGUGACCACAACUGACGACUUUUUACUUGAAACACUUAAACGUAUUAGAACAAGUAAUUUGGAGGAAGCACUUCUUCUUCUACCAUUUUCCACUGUGACAGAAAUCUUACAAAAAUUACCCAAUCUUAUAAAAAGAGGCGAUCAAACCGAGUUAAUUUUGAAAUUAACGAUGUUUUUACUUAAAAUUCAUCAUAAACCAAUUGUUGCCAGUCAAGAGUUGUUACCAACUCUAAAAAAAAUUCAGAAACUCGCCAUGAUCAAAAUAAACGGUUUAAGGGAUAUGAUCGGAUAUAAUUUAUUUGGACUACAACUUUUACAGCGUGAAAUCGAAUACGAUAACAGCGUGCAAUUGUUUAUGGAUGCAACGAUACAACACAAAUCUAACGAUAAAAAACGAAAGAAAAGAGAAAAACUAAAGAGAGCUAUUAUAACACUGUCCUGAUGUAUGUCAUUGAAUACUCGAUGUUACUGACGAACACUCAUGUGCGUGGUGUCUCAGAAGUGCAUAUGUCAAAAACAACAGGUACGCAUCAGGAUACAUAAUGGGGAGCGAAUAUGUGGAAGAAGUGGAAAAGGAAAUUGUGCAGCCCUCAGGAAGAGAGCGUCGGAGGACACCCAGCAUCGGCACCAUCAGUGAAUGAAUGGUACAUACAUAUGCCCAAAUUACACACCAUCUGCUCAUAAAUGCCUUCUGUAGACCAAUAUUCACCACAUGUCCGUUCGCUUUGGAAAUUGCUGGCCCAGUUAUUUCAAAGUAUCAUACACUUUGUGCACAUUACACGUAUACACGCACACACACGCACAUGUAUAUAGAUGUAAGUAUAGUACAUAUAAUAGGAAUAGUAGUAUCUAAUAAAAUAAAGGUAACCCUUGUUCUCUUGA